CCGAAACCUUUUAGUCAAAAACGAAACAUAAGCACUUUCUGUAAACUUCAUCAACGGAUGCAUAACGCGACGAUUUUGUUAUUAAAAACAUACCAAAAGUGGUUUCCAUGUUACCAUUUACCAUGUAUUUUAAAGGUAUUUAUGAAUGUAUUUGCUUUCCUGUAUAUGUAGCCGAAUUCUAAGAAAAUAAAUGAAGAAAUAUCAUCUCCUUCUUUCUUAGAAAAAUGCUGACCUCAGCAUUUUUGUUCAAGAUUCAUGGCUAAUUUUAUGCCAUUCUUUAUUUUGCCAGUCUCGCCACGAGGUAAAGGUUUGUUUGCGUAACUACAAAAUGUAGACAGCAUCCAAUCACGCGACGAGCCUGCUAAAUUUUGGACCAAUCACUCGGUUCUUUUAAUAUUAAUUUCCGAAUUUUUUUACGGCAGUUUAAGUACUUUCACUUUCAACUUCACGCCAACAGUUUCUACAGUUCAUUGUCGCUUUGAGCAUGGAGGGAGAAAUUGCGGCCUUCGGGGAGAGCCACUCUUCCACAAUUGGCGGCUUCGACUUUAUCUUUGAAGAUGAAUUAUCGCAAGAACAAAAAUGCCCCAUCUGUCUGCUCGCCAUGAGGAAUCCUGUACAGACAAUAUGUGGUCAUCGCUUUUGUGAAAGUUGCUUGUUGAAGUCAUUCAGUGAUCACAUCGAACCACAGUGUCCACAUGAUCGGCAGCCUAUUCCUGAAGGAGGGUGGUUUCGCGAUGUGGCCUGGGAGAGAGGGAUACUUUCUCUUCGCGUCAAAUGUGGGAAGAGUGGAAGAGGAUGCGAGUGGACUGGCGAGAUACGUCAUUACCAGGAACACUCUACAGUUUGCCAAUAUGAAGAUGUAACUUGUAAUGACUGUUACGGAAUGGUGCAGUGAGGGAUCUUUGACACACACAAAACAUCAGAAUGUCCCAGCAGGAUCGUACAAUGUGGAUACUGUGAAGGAGAGUUAGAAUUCUGGCGGACAGAGAUUCAUGAAAGAAUUGAAUGUCAGCGUUUUCCUUUCCCUUGCCCUCAAGAAUGUGGAAUGCAGGCCGUUCCUCGAGAGGAGGUAAAGAUUAAAAUAAU